GGAUAAGAUAAAUAUGUCACGUUACGAUAUAGACAUAAGAUCUACUCCGUAACGUAAUUACUUCUUUUAAUGUCUUCAGAACAGAAUAACUUACUUUUACGUAUUUACCACAUCAUAUUCAUAGAACUUAACUCUUAUGGAUUACGUGUAAACUUCUCCGAUAAUCUCUCCUCCACCUCCUCCUCCUCCUCUAAAGGCUUAAGUCGCUAAAAAAAAGAUCGUAAGAGACAUCAAAAAUGACAAACACAAAUUUUUAUUUUUGACGAAACCGGAACGCCUAAAAAAAUAAAAUUUGUAUUUAAAAUUUUGGCGUCGCUGCUUGCAACAAUCAAGAACAGCAAACUCCCAUUUAUCUUGCUUUAUAUGAUCCCAUACCGUUAACAAUGGUUAGUGUACCCCAUUUGCUAUCUCGAAGAUAUACAAAGCUAGGCGCAGCCUUCGUCACCAUACUAAUAUUGCUUGUGUUUGGUCUUUCCUUCAUCUAUACUGCCAUAUCCCCCACUAAUGAUUAUCUUGCUAGUAGGAUAACUACUGCUUCUCAUCGAUAUAACUUCAAUUCUAAAAUAGAAUUCUCUGAUUCAAGAUGGUCCAAGAUCUAUAACUAUAUCACAGGCUAUAAAAUCCCUUUGGAUGAAGAUCCUGCUUCUAUAAUGGAUAAAUUACAAAAAUUAGAUUCUUAUGAUAAAGUUGAAUCAUUUCCAAUUGAUUCAAGAUUAUUACAUGAUGUAUUGGGUAAAGCCAAUAAUAAAAUUAGUGAUGAUAAAUCAAUCUAUAAAUUGAAACAAUUAAAGAUCUUUACUGAUCCUUAUCAACAUAUUAAAGAUAUUCCUGAAAAUUUUGAAUUUGAUUUACAAGAUAUUUGUCCUAGAAUUGCUCAUGAUUAUUUCUUUCAAAUUUCAGAUCAACAAUUCUUAGAUGCAGAUUUCUCUUUAUUCAAUGAGGCAUUAAAGGAUACUCCUGAUUAUCUUAAUAUGAUUUGGAAAGCGGAAAAGAAAUUCAAAUCAAAAGAUAUUCCAAAUGAACAUAAAUGGUUAAGAUUCGCCGGUUCUUCCGUAUGGUUACCACAAUAUGAAUGUCAUUAUAUGGUUAGUAGAGUAUUAUAUACUCCAACUGGUAUUGCCAAUAAAUCAUUUGUAAGUUUCCUUUAUGUUCAAUUGUUUGAUAAACAUUGGAAUGAAAUUAAAGGUUCAACCUUAACUUUACCUUAUGAACAAAAUACCAUUAAAAAUGUAAUUAAUACUGAUGGUUCCUAUACUUCAACUAUCUUAAAGAGAACAAUUGCAUUCAGAAAUGUAACUUAUCCUUCAAUCUUACCUAUUCCAAUUGAUUAUAAAUUGAAAACUCCAAAUGAUAAAUAUUAUUUUGGUCCAGAAGAUCCAAGAAUUCUUACUAGAAAGAAUCCCUUAGGAUUUGAUGAACCAAUCAUUGUUUUCAACAUGAAACUGAAAAACUUAGAUAUGAAACGCGUCAUGCAUCAAUAUUUACCAUUCUCUAAUAAAUUAGAUGUUCUUAAAAAGAGAUCUCAUCCAUUUGCUAAUAUUGAGAAAAAUUGGACACCAUUCAUUUCCAAAAAUAGAGAAAUCGAUCAAGGUUUAGAAUUAGGUAAUUCCAAAAUCAACUUUAUAUAUUCAAUCGGACCUUUAGAAAUCUUAAGUUGUGAAAUUGAUACUGGUGUAUGUGAUUUCUUACAAAAAUCAGAUAAAAAAGAUUAUGAUUACAUCGGACCUAUCAGAGGGGGAACUCAAUUAGUUUCACUUCCCUUUGAUGAAUUAAUCCCUGAACAUAUUAGAAAGACAUUUGAUUUCCCUCCUAAUAGACAAGCUUAUGUUGGUUGGGCCAGAGCUCAUUUAAGCGAUUGUGGAUGUGGAGAAUCAAUGUACAGACCCAAUUUAAUCAUUUUAAUUGAAGAUUAUAAUCCUGAAACUAAGAAAUUUUAUUAUAAAUUAAGUGAUAUAUCAGACUAUUUUGAUUUUGAUGCUUUGAUUCCUGCUUGGGUAACACCAAAAUUAGAUGAAGAUGGGAAAUUAAUUCCACAAUCUGUUAAUGAUAAUAAAAAUUUAUGUGAUGGUAGAAAUGUUCUUAUUCCAAAUUCAAUUGCUUAUUGGGAUAUUCAUUCCAUUAUUAAAAAUGGAUUAUUAUAUAAUAAAGUUUAUUUCAGUCAUAUUCCAACCGAUGAACAUCUUAAUGCCGUUGAAGCUUCUAAACAACAACAACAGCAACAAGAAUCAGAACAAAAACAAAAGCAGCAACAACAACAGCAAGAAGAAAAAUUACAACAGCAACAAAAAGAAAAUGCUCAAGAGCAGAAAUUAGAACAACAAAAGGAACAGCAACAGCAAAAGCAACAAGAAAAGAAGGAACAGGAACAGGAAGAACAAAAACAACAUCAAGUGCCUGUUAAGCGUGAAGAUGUAAAGAAACAUCCAGUGACUUUCAACGAUUACAUGGGUGUCACUUUAUCUGCUGCUGAUAAUGAUGUUAGUAUUAUUCAUAUUCAUGGAUUAUUAAAUUAUAUUCUUACAAUCCCAUCUAUAUUUAAUGAAAAGAAUAUCAUUAAUGCUGAUGAUAAAUUCCGAUUAAGAGGCUAUGAUCUUAAUAAUAGAUGUGCUAUUCGUGCUUCCGAAGAAUAUUGUCAAAGAUAUGGAAAGGCAAAUUAUAGUAGAUUGGAAGCCGAUAAAGCGGUCAAAGAGAAACAAGUUGAAAAUAAACCAACGGAAGAUAAACCAGUCGAACAACAACAAGAAGCUCAAGGUAAACCAUUAGAAGAUAAACCACAUCAUGAUCCUCCAAAGCAAAAUAGUCCAAUCGAUGAUACCAAAAAAGACAUUGUCAAAGAUAAAGAUGCUUAAUUACAAACAAGCACCCCCCAUAUUAUUAAACACUCAUAUAUAU